UAAGCAGAUAUGAUUCGUCACUGUUUGCCAUGUUCAGCUUAUUAUUGACACUUUCUUUGGUGGAAAAAAGAUUGCUUCGUUGUGUUUCAGACAAACAGAGACCAACGUAAGCAAGUUUAGUUAAUAGAAAAAUGAAGCCAUGAGGUUUCCUUGCGAACCAAUGCUGCUCUUGGAAGCACAAUAAGAUGUUUCGUAAUGGGAACUGUCUUCUACGAAAGACAGCAACUUCGAUCCAUCCACGUUUUCAAUGGAUGUUGUUUGUAAUUUUAAUCUUCAUGUGUUGACUGUUAAUUUAUUUGCACCCUCUUCUCCACAUAUCUCUGUGAAGAAUAUGCUUCUCUAUAUAUGUAUAAAGAGCCGAUCAGACUUGUUCACACAGAUUAAUUCAUCAUCAAUCUCCUCUGAAAUAAAAUAACAACUCAUCAACAAUGGGGAACUGGUCUUCUUCUUCAAAGAAAAGAAAAGCCCUUCCCAUUGAUACCCAAUUCAAGUUUCCUGCUGAUGAUGAUAUCCCAGUUUGGCCCCAAGAUGAUGGAUUUGCCAGGGGAAUCAUAGAUCUGGGUGAGCUCCAAGUGUUUCAAGUUACAAGCUUUAACAAAGUUUGGAGCACUUUUGAAGGAGGACCUGGUAAUGCUGGGGCUACUUUCUUUGAACCAGCUUCAGUCCCUGAAGGAUUCUCCAUGUUAGGUUGCUAUGCCCAACCCAACAAUAAGCCUCUUUUUGGAUGGGUUCUUGUGGCCAAGGCAAAUUCUUCUGCUGAAAAUGGGGCUCUAGCAGAGCCAGUUGAUUACACUCUGGUCUGGACUAAUAGCUCUUCAGGUAUCGAGCAAGGAAACACAGCCUAUGUCUGGUUACCAACAGCCCCUGAUGGCUAUAAAGCCGUCGGCCAUAUUGUCACCACCUUGCCGGAGAAGCCUUCCGUGGACAGAAUCCGGUGUGUCAGGUCCAACCUCACAGAUGAAAUUGUGACACACUCAUGGAUUUGGGGAACAGGCAAGAGCAGCAGGGACUCAAAUGGCUUCAAUGUCUAUAAUACGAGACCAAAAAUUAGAGGAAUUAAAGCUGCAGGUGUUCCUGUAGGUACUUUCAUUGCUCAAAAUGGAAGAACUGAUACUUCUCUUUCUAUUCCCUGCUUAAUAAACACCAAACUUGACUUCUCCACCAUGCCUAAUCUGGACCAAGCUAAAGCAUUGAUCAAAACGUACGCUCCAUUAAUGUACCUUCAUCCAGAUGAAAAGUAUCUGCCUUCUUCUGUCAAGUGGUUUUUCACAAACGGGGCCUUACUCUAUACCAGAGGUAAAGAGUCGGAACCUGUAGCCAUAGACCCAUCUGGCUCUGUCCUUCCCCAAGGAAAAGACAACGAUGGAGCACACUGGAUAGACCUCCCUAAGGACGAAACCAACAGAGAAAGGGUCAAAAGAGGAGAUUUAGAUAGCUUCCAAGCAUAUAUGCACAUAAAACCAAUGUUUGGAGCAACAUUCACAGACAUUUCCAUCUGGAUUUUCUACCCAUUCAAUGGCCCCUCAAGAGCCAAAGUGGGCUUCGUCACUAUCCCACUGGGGAAAAUCGGCCAACACGUCGGAGACUGGGAGCACGUGACCCUGAGAAUAAGCAACUUCAAUGGCGGAUUAAACAGCGUCUACUUCUCCCAACACAGCGGAGGCCAAUGGGUGGACGCGUCGGAGCUCGAAUUCGUACCCGGGAAGAACAAACCCAUCGCAUAUUCUUCCCUAAACGGCCAUGCACUGUACUCGAAACCCGGGCUAGUUCUUCAAGGAACAAGCGUAAUUGGGAUAAGAAACGACACAGCGAAGAGCAAGAAGGUGGUGGAUUUGGGGAACGAAUUUGAGGUGGUUGCCGGGGAAUAUUUGAGGUCGGCAAUAACGGAGCCGGCGUGGCUGAAUUUCGGGUGGCAGUGGGGUCCGAAGAUAAGCUACAAGACAGAGAAGGCGUUGCCGAAGAAACUGGUGGGAUGGUUGCCAAGUGAGUUGUUCGGAGAGGAAGGCCCCACGGGACCCCAGUUGAAAUCAAGUUGGAAUGAAGAUGAACGCUGAUCAAUUCAUCAGCCUGGCAUAAUGAUGUAAAAGAGACAGAACAACGUACACCCAUCCGUCUUGGCAUUUCAUUUAAUUAAAGCUCAUUGCUCAUUUUCCUUUUGGUAUUUUUAUUCAUAAAUUUAAAUAG